GCCUCCACCCCAGGUCAACCUGCGACCCAGAACGCCCCCCUCGGGCAGUUCAAGAUCGUGGGGAACAGUAUCGUCAGCGCUCAACAGCUCUUUCUCGGGACCUUGGACAAGGUGUACAUUGUCGACAAGGUCGAGAACAACCCGACCCAGAUCAACGGACACCCGGCGUGGGGGGCAGAGUACUCGGUCAGCAAGAAUGACGGCCGCGCGAUGGACGUCGUGACGAACUCGUUCUGCGCUGGGGGCACCGUCCUCGGAAACGGGACGUGGAUCAACGUCGGCGGCAACCAGGCCGUGAAGACGGGCGGCGACCCCGCGGACAGCCAGAACGGCGGCGGGGUGUACGACGACCCCGACGGCGGCAAGUCACUCAUCGAUCCGUGCGACGACGAGAGCUGCAACUGGGUGCUCGUACAGCCUAUGACGACGAGGCGAUGGUAUCCAACUCUGGAAACUCUUGCGGAUGGCUCUGCAAUCAUCCUCGGAGGCGACCUGUGGGGCGGCUACGUCAACAGCGCCAGCCAGGACAACCCGACCUGGGAGAUCUUCCCUCCCACGGACGACGGCAUCGUGACCUCCAACUUCCUCUCGAGCACCCUCCCCGUCAACCUGUACCCGCUCGCAUGGUCGCUCCCGUCCGGCAAGGUCUUCCUGCAGGCGAACUUCAAGACCGUCCUGCUCGACGUGAAGACGCACAAGGAGACCGCGCUGGACGACAUGCUCGACGCCGUGCGCGUGUACCCGGCGAGCGGCGCGACGGCGAUGCUCCCGCUCACGAAGGCGAACAACUACACCGCCACGCUCCUCUUCUGCGGCGGGUCCGACAUCCAGACCGACCAGUGGACCCCGGACGCGUGGGCGAUCGUGAACUACAACGCGUCGACGUCGUGCGUGCGCAUCAGCCCGGACGCGGACGGCACGUACGCGCGCGACGACCCGCUCCCCGAGGGCCGCUCGAUGGGCCAGUUCAUCGCCCUCCCCGACGGCCGGCUGCUCAUGCUCAACGGCGCGCAGACGGGCACGGCCGGGUACGGCACGCAGUCGUGGACCAUCCAGGAGUCGUACGCGGACCACCCCGUCCUGCUCCCGGUCAUGUACGACCCGAGCGCGCCGGCGGGCAAGCGGUGGUCGCGCGACGGCCUCUCCGCGAGCACCGUCCCGCGCAUGUACCACUCGAGCGCGACGCUCCUCCCCGACGGCUCCGUCCUCGUCUCGGGCUCGAACCCGCACGCGGACUACGCGGUCGACAACGUGACGUACCCGACGGAGUACCGGGUCGAGUACUUCUACCCGUCGUACUUCAACCAGCGCCGGCCCGAGCCCGCGGGCCUCCCGAGCGCGCUCUCGUACGGCGGCCCGUACUUCAACGUGUCGCUCACGAAGGACGACCUCGCCGGGGACCAGGCGAACGUCAAGAACACCACCGUCGUCGUCGUCCGCACCGGGUUCUCGACGCACGCGAUGAACAUGGGCCAGCGCAUGCUCGAGCUCGAGAUGACCUACACCGCGCAGACGAACGGGAGCGCGACGCUGCACGUCGCGCAGAUGCCGCCCAACGCGGCGAUGUUCCCCCCGGGCCCCGCUCUGCUGUUCGUCGUCGUCAACGGCGUGCCCUCCGUCGGCGUCCAGGUCAUGGUCGGCAGCGGCAAGAUCGAGACCCAGCCGGUCAGCGCGGCCGUGGCGCUCCCUUCGUCGCAGACGCUCUCGGACACGGACUCGUCGAACCCGAACGGCCCGUCGGAGUCGAACGGGAGCCCGGACGUGACGAAGCCGAACGCGGCGCGCGGCGCUGCACGCGCGCCCACCCUCGGCGCGGCAGGCGUGGUCGCGCUCGCGCUGCUGUGUGCGUCGUGGUAA